GUGUCGGUUUCGCGCGAAAGUUCGGGGUGGUUGAUACAGUCUGGAACCUGGAGCGACCCGCUUUAAUUACUCGCCCUGCCGUGACCACUGGGCUCAGCCGGAGGGGCCGGCCGCCCGCCCGCCCGGUCUGUGCUUGCUUCGUUUUCACUCCGGUGCCAUGGCACAGGUCAAGCUGACAGACUAUUUCCCGCAGACUAAAAAAGCGAAGAGGGACCCGCUUUCUGUGAAACCCAGGAAGGGGGGAUCUCGAGGUGACACAAUUGCCGCUACUGGGUCACUUGCCGAGGAAUGUGGACCAUCCCGGAGGAAAGUGUUGGAAGAGCAACCGACAAUACCGCAGGCUCGGCUCUCCAGCUCUCCUCUUGCACCGGUCAAAACGCCUGUCCUUCAGGAAGCGUUUAAAUCGGUGCCCGCAAACCGGGAAGAAGUUUGCACGACCCCCACACAGGAGGCAAAUAAGAGAGUGUCCGCGUUUGACUAUCUCGUGACUCCGACAAAAGAUGAGAAAACACCCACGGAGUUUGAUUUGGGCUCUGCCGUUUUUGGGCCGGGUAGCGACCGGGGAACUGGGCAGCAGACCAGCACAGCGAAGAAACGCUCUCGCUCGGAUUCAAUCGAUGAAGCCGAGCCACGGCCGCUGGCAGUUUCGGCUUUGCAGGGCCCACAACGUGUCCCAUCUGCCCGGAGGUGCCUGGUGCUGCAGCCGCGAAAAGCAGGUGAUGGGCUUCACCAGGAUACCACGGCUGGAGAGACGGCACCGCUACCGCCGGACACUCCCGAGGCCACGGAUGCAUCUCCUCAUGAGGUAACGGCUUUGAGGAAGGAGGUUUCUAAAUUUCCAAGAUUGCAAGAUUUGAGCAAGGGAAGCCAGCAGGUGGACAAGGCACCUGGAAAGGAGGGUCUUCUGGCUUUAAAGAGCCGGUUGCAAAGAAUUCAGAAGCUCAGCCAAACAGCUCAUUUACCUGCACCUUCUGAAUUGAGUACUGAUGCCAAAAGUCGCCUGAAACGGGUUCGAGAACUCGGACUGAAGGUACAAGAAAAUAAAGAGCGGGAAAAGACAGAUGAGCCAGAGGAAAAAUCAAGUGAGGAUGAAAGGGUGAAGACUCCAGCAUACCAGCGUUUCCACAACUUGGCACAAGACGUCCCACCAGGGCUGACCCUGCCUUUCAGAUACAAGGUGUUGGCAGGGAUGUUCCGCAGCAUGGACACUGUUGUGAGCAUGUUGUUCAAUCGCUCCGAGACCAUUACCUUUGCCAAGGUGAAAAAAGGUGUUCAGGACAUGAUGCGGAAGCAAUUUGAUCAGCGAAAUGUUGGACAAAUUAAGACAGUUUACCCAUCGGCAUACAAGUUCAGGCAGGAGAAAGGGAUCCCAACGUGGAGUGGCUCGGUGAAGAAAUCUGACUACCAGCUCACCAUCGAUCCUGUGUUUGAAGGAGAGGAAGAAUAUGAAGGGCAGACACAGCUAAAAGCCUCCCAUAUGCUUCUGCGCCGGCGCAUUUUCCAUCGCAACCUUACAAACAUUGUGAAGCAGUAUCAUAAGGCAUUUUUGGCUUCUCUUAACCCUCCGAUGUAUGUGCCUGAUGACAAGCUAACACGGUGGCACCCACGUUUUAAUGUGGAUGAAGUCCCUGACGUUGUUGCUGCUGAACUUCCCCAGCCUCCAGAUUUUGGAAAGCUAACAACGGCCCAGGAGGUACUGGAUAAAGCCCGCAGCAUGAUGACACCAAAGAUGGAGAAAGCACUCGCAAACAUGGCCCUCAAAUCUGCAGAAACUGCCAUGGCUGCCACCACCGAACGAAAGGAGCAAACCAUUCAGAGUCCUCGUCCCAGUCCUGGCCCUUCCAAUGCACUGAAAGGGAUUUCGCAAAGUCUGCUCGAAAGGAUCCGUAGCAAAGAAGCUCAAAAACUUCAGGCAGUGAUGACGAGGAAUCCUGCGCAGACUGAGCGCCUUCAUAUGAUGACGAGACUUCCUGAGAUAACAAGAAUUCUGCGCAACGUCUUUGUGGCAGAGAAGAAACCAGCUUUGAAUAUUAGCAUGGCAUGUAACAGAGUGAUUGACAGCUACCGCUCUUCAAUGCCCCUGGGCGAUAUGGAGAAACAUCUGCGUUUACUGGCUGAUAUUGUUCCUGACUGGCUGACUAUCCAUAUAAUCAGGAAGGAUGUCUACCUGAAAUUGAACAAGGAUGUGGAGUUGAGUAUGGUUGUGGAGAAGAUUGCAAAAAAGAUAAAGGAAGAGGAAAAAGCAUGAUUUUAAUUUUUUUUGCACAAGUUCUGCACAAAACCUGAAUAUCUAAUGUAAAAAUGUGAAUUGUGUAAAUGUAUAUUGGAUAAUGGGAAACAAAUGCAAUGGGAUAGCAUACAGAUUUUAUAGGUCAAUAUGUUUCUUGACAACUACACAAUACUUUUGUACGGCAGUAGUUUUCUUAAAUUGAUUAUGGCAAGUAAUAUUUCUCAAACGAGAGGUGAGAGGAAAUAAUUCAGCUUGCAAUACAGUUUCAAAGAAUAAGUAUUGUGUAAUGUUCAUGUCUUCCAGGAGCAAUGGUUUCUUCUGUUUGAUUUCAAACAGUGUUAAAUUGUUCAGUAAUUUAUACUUUGAAAGAUCUUUUGGGAACCAUGAUUAGAUGUUAAAUUAAAAAUCUGAAUUGUGCGUAUGGGUGGUGCUGGAGAGAGGGAGUGAUUUUAAUGAACAAUUUGAUUAAAUGUUUCGCUGCUGUGACUCCUGAUUUUUAUUUUCAAUCUAUGACCACAAGGCCAGAACACCCCUGUAAUCAUUGCUUGAUUCUAGUGCACUCUUUUGCAAAUUCCGUUCAAGCCAAAUACAGUUGCUUCCCUGUGACAUCCUCUGGUCUCUAGAUAAUGACCAUUA